AGAGACUCUUAUACUACACCAAAGGUUUGAAGAAUGAGGAGGCUCUAACCACAUGACCAUUUUUGGUGUCAGACUGAGAGAGAAAAAGAGAGAACAAAUUUCUCAGAUUUUUUAGCUUUUUUUUGCCUUUGUUCUUUGCAAGAAGUUACCAUCCUUCUUUAUUAUUUACCUUUUUCUUUUCUCACUUUAUUCCUUCUUAAAACAAUCCUCCUUGUGUUCACAACUCUACAAUUUCUUCUUUUCUUUCUCUAUUUCACUUCGGACACACACCAUCUUUUUCUGUUCCCUGUUCUUGUUUUUCUUUUUUGUUUUGUUUUGCAUCAACCUUCAGGACAAGACUGUAUUUUUUGAGUAGAGACAUUGCGGCCUUUUUCAUUUUAUUUUCUUGUUUGAUCGUUUUGUUUUUCUCGAGUUUCUUGCUUCUAAUGGCGUCUCCUUCUGAAUUAACCCUAGAUUGUAAACCUCGUACCUAUUCUAUGCUGUUGAAAUCUUUUGGAGAUCAAAAUGAUCAAACUCAAAAGCUUGAAGAGUUUCUCUCUCGUCUUGAAGAUGAAAAACUCAAGAUCGAUGCUUUUAAACGCGAGCUUCCUCUUUGCAUGCAGCUUCUCUCCAAUGCUGUGGAAACCUCAAGACAGCAGCUCCAAGUUUACAGAGAAAAUCAAGGGCAAAUUAGGCCAAUUCUUGAAGAAUUUAUUCCACUCAAGAACUGUAAUUCUUCUGAAACCCUAGAAAAAUCAUCGACCGUGUCUGAUAAGGCAAACUGGAUGACAACAGCACAGCUAUGGAGUCAAGAAAACAAUGAAACAAAGCCUCAAACAAUUACCACUCCAUUUACUUCUCCAAAAGAAACCAGUAUAGGAAUUAACGUGAGUCACAAGUUAGGCUUAGACACAAAACAAAGAAAUGGAGGAGCUUUUCUUCCAUUUUCCAAAGAAAGAAACUACUCAUCAUGUCCAAGCCCGACCCUAGCCCUAACUUCUUCUGAUCAUAAAGAUUUAAUGGAAGAUAAUAAAAUAUGUUCAGAAACUGAAAAUGGGUUUUCUUGUUCAAAAAGAGAGAAUAAUGGAAUGAUUGAGCAAGCAAAAGGAAAUGGUGAUGGCCAAGCUAAUACUUCACCUACUAAUAACAGUCAAGCUCAUAGAAAAGCAAGGAGAUGUUGGUCUCCUGAUUUGCAUAGAAGAUUUGUCAAUGCUCUUCAAAUGCUUGGAGGUUCUCAAGUGGCUACCCCAAAACAAAUAAGGGAGCUGAUGAAGGUUGACGGUUUGACCAAUGAUGAAGUUAAAAGCCAUCUGCAGAAAUAUAGGCUUCAUACAAGAAGACCUAGUCCAAGUCCACAACAACCUGGAGCUCCACCACCACAGCUCGUUGUUCUAGGAAGUAUUUGGGUCCCGCCUGAGUACGCCACCGGUGGAGCCCAAGCUCUCUACAGCCCCCAUCACCACCACCACCACCAAGUUUCCCAUGCACCACCACCACACUUUUGUGCUGCGCCACAAGACUUUUACACUGCACCAUCACCCCCGCCGCCACCUCACCACCAGUUGCACCACCAUGCGUUUAAUCACCAGCUUCACAUGUAUAAUAAGGCGACGUCACAGGCUCAUAGCUCUCCGGAGUCUGACAUGAGAGGCACCGGAGACCGGUCUGAGAGUAUUGAAGAUGGGAAGUCGGAGAGCAGCAGCUGGAAAGCUGAGAGCGGCGAUAAUGGUGCAGAGAGAAAAGGAUUAGCUGCGUUAAGAGAAGAUGGCGAGGAAAGCAAUGGGAGUGAGAUCACACUCAAGUUUUAGGGCAAUUAGGGUUAGGGUUAGGUUUUAGGUUAAUUAAUUUGCAUGUUUUUUUAACUUGUUAUAUUCUGUGCUAUAUAUUAAUUCUACUGUAAUAUUUUUCUGUCAAAUAGAUGGAGAGAGGGUAAAAAGGGCAUAAAGAGAAAGUGAGUGUUUGUUUUGUUAUGCAAUGCUAAAAAAAAAAAAUAUCAAAACAUUGGAUUAUUUUCUUUGGCGUCUUGUAAUACUUUUACUUUUUAGUAAAAGAUCUGUCCUUGAAGUUGAAGGCA